UGAUGGGCGCUACCGACUAGUUUUGGGUGUUUUGACUAUCGAGUUAAAAAAAAACAAUCGAGUGAUUUUUCGGUAUUAUCGACCGAAUUUACUUGAUAAUUUAAGUGUACUACAGUUUAGUGUUUACACUGUCUAGUGUCUAUUGUCUAUAGUACUACAGUUUAUACUUAUCAUAUUUCUAUAUAGUGUACAACGUUACAAUUUACAACGAUGAAAUUUCAUUUAUUCUGUGGUAUUACGCUUUAGUGUAUUGUGUAAUUAAUUACGACGCAAUUCGUCCGUCUGUCCGUACUCUGCGAAGUUCACAUGCUAUUAUAUUAAUAAAUUAUUAUUUAUUUAGUCAGAGUAUAAAUGAUUGCCGGAUAAUUAUUUAUAUUAGACAACCAGUAUAUUAAAUUUUCAUUAGUAUUAUAUAUUAACACUUUUAACGCCUAUUUUGUCUUGUGGAACGUUAUUGCGUUCUGUAUAUAAUUUACUUUAUGUCGUUUUUGUUAACCAACUUCCAUGUUUAUUAUUUGUCAUUUAACCAAUCUAGAUGCUAAUUAACUAUCAAAUAUUAUAAAUAAUUGAAUGUUAAAUUAAUAUAAGAAUAUAAAUGUAAAUCUGUGACUAGUUAUAGAUUAAAGAAGUAUCAUGUUCAAUAAAAGACACACCAAAAAUCAAGGUCAAAACCGUCAUACUAGAAAAUCCAGAAGAAAUCCAUCAUUAAAUGCAGAAAACAUUCAAUUUGAUUUUAAGUUGCUCGAUCAGCAAUUAAAUUUGAGCAGUUCAAAUGGUUCUAAUACAAAAGAAGAACAAAGGGAAAAAAAACAAAAUUCAGAUAAUAGACAAGAACAUAGGAGAAAAAAUCAAAAUUAUGAAAAUAGACGAGAAAGAGGGAGAAAAAAUGAUUUUGAACAAAAACAAGACUUUGAUAAUAACACUAAUAAAAAAAAUUUUAAAAAUAAAUUUUUUGGAUUUAAACGACUUGAAGAAUUAUCUGAUGAAGAACCUUCUAAAAUUAUAUUUGUGAUGUCUGAUAAAGUUAAUGGAUUCAUGGAUUUAUUCAAACAAAAUAAAGAACCAGAUUGGAUAUUUUUGCUUAUGAAAGUUUCAGCUAAGAUUUGUUCUUCAGAAUUUAUACAAAAUAAAAUUUUUUUACUAACAGAAUUAACGUGUAAUGAAUUUUUUAAUCAUAUAAAAUCCUAUAUAUUGAGUACACCUACAGAAAAAAAUAAAAAUCGUUGUGAUAAAAUGAAUACAUUUUAUGAAGAUUGCUUAGUAGUUUUUCAGUCUAUAACUACAUUAUUUCCAAAAACAGCUGAAGAAAAAUUGAAGGAGAUUAUAGUUAGUAGUAAUAUUGCUUUAACUGGUAUUAAAACUUAUUCUAAUCAUAUUAAAAUAAAUGAAACUACAAUCGUUGAGAUGAAUAAUUUGCUAGAAAAACUGAAAGAAACUAUAGUGACUGAUGAAUUAAAAUUAAAAGAAAAAUGUACGAUUGAAAAUAUAGUUCAAAUUAUGCCUCCGCCUGAAAAUUUUAGAAUACUUACAGUAUAUCCAACCUCAUUUGAUUUUGAAUAUGGCAAACCAUUUUUACGACCUAAUAUUUUAAAAGGAGCUUAUCAAAACAUAGAGCACUAUUUGGAUGUUCAAUUUCGUCUUUUACGUGAAGAUUUUAUUUCUCCAUUACGAGAAGGAAUACAGUUUUUUAAAGAAUCAAUACAUAAUCAACAUCACCGAAAAAUAAAUAAUAUUCGUAUUUAUCGAGAUGUUGAAUUUGAAAUAAAAGGUGAAUUUGUUCGUGAUAAAUAUGGUUAUAUAAUAAACUUUGACAUAAAAAAAAAAUUAAAAAUUAACUGGGAAAUGGCAAAACGUUUCAUGUAUGGUUCUUUAUUGCUUUUUUCUGUUGAUAAUUUUAAAACUUUUUUUUUGGGUAUUGUUUUGGAGCGAAAGAUUGAACUUUUGAAGCAAGGAAAAUUGAUUGUGGAAUUAUUAGAAGAUGCAAAACCUUUAUUUAAUACAUCUAUUACCAUGGUAGAGAGUGAAGUAUUUUUUGAACCAUAUAAAUGCUCAAUGGAAGCUCUUAAAAAUAUUAAUGCUCAUAAUUUUCCAAUGGAAAAAUAUAUAAUAGAAGCUUCUAAAAAAGUAGAUUAUCCAUAUUACAUAGACACAUUACCUGAUCCAUUCUAUUCAAUUGAUAAUCUCCAGAAAUUCAAUUUAAUGGAUGAUUUUCAAUGGCCUACUAAAGAAGAGCUAAAACUUGAUGAAAUGCAAUUCAAAGCAUUCAAAGCAGCACUAACUCAAGAAUUUACUAUUAUACAAGGGCCCCCAGGUACAGGAAAAACAUUUAUUGGUUUAAAAAUUAUGAAAACAAUUAUAAAUAAUUUAUAUAUUAACAACGAAUGUUGUUUUAAACCAAUUUUAGUGGUUUGCUACACUAACCAUGCAUUAGAUCAAUUCAUGGAAGGUAUUUUAAGUUUCACUGACAAAGUUAUACGAAUUGGUGGUCAAUCUAAAUCUGAAAUUAUAGAAAAAUACAGCUUAAGAAAUGUUGCUCGUAUGUACAGAAGAUCCAUUACUACUAAUAGAGGCCUAAGAGAUGUUCAAAAUCAAGUAAAAACAAUUAUGGAUAACAUAAACUAUUUUAAAAAAUGUAGUGAUGUUGUAUCGUACAAUGCGGGAAUUUUAGAGUUAUCGUUAUUAAAAAAUGGUAUGCCUAUAAAAUAUCAUAAUUUUUUUAAUACUACCUUAGAUCUACUCUCUUGGUUAUUUCAAGAUCCUAAUUAUUUUAAUGUAGACCCAAUUGGAUUUAUUACUAGUAUUAACCCUGAAUUGAUUAAUAAAGUUUAUCAUUCUGAAAAAUUAUUGAAAAUUGAAAAAGAAGUAAAUGAAAAUGAUGAUGAUGAAAAUAGUCAAUAUGAACCAGAUUAUUUAGAAAUAGAACAUAAAUAUAAAGAAAUUGUUAUUUAUAGUAUAACUUUGAAUGACAUAAAACAUGUUUGCAAGGAACUUCUUGAGGAAAAUAUACGAUUAAAGAAUCUUUUGAAUUUGGAUAUAAAUUACUACAACCAAUCUGAAGAAGUCAAAUUCAAAUUUGAUGUAAUGGAAAAGAUUCAUGAUUAUUUUGAAAACAUGUUAAAUUUGGCUAAUAUUUGUAUUGAACUACCAAAAUCAAUUAAUAAUUUAAAUGUAUUAAAUAUGGGUCAAAGAUGGUCUCUAUAUUAUUGUUGGGUGCGAAAAACAAAAGAGAUGUUUAAUCCAAAAAUAAUGAAUUAUGAAGAAAAAUAUAUUCAAGUUUAUAAGCAGUAUUCUGAAUUAAGAGAAUUGGAAAAUAUAGAGUUAUUAAGUGAUAUGCAUGUAAUUGCAUUAACUACUACUGGUGCAGCUAAGCAUAGAAUAAUGCUGGAAGGUUUAGAGUCGCCAAUUGUUGUUGUUGAAGAAGCUGCUGAAGUUUUGGAGGCACACAUAGUUGCAUCAUUAACAAGACAUUGUCAACAUCUUAUAUUGAUAGGCGACCAUAAACAACUCCGUCCUAGUAAUGCAGUUUACAAAUUAGCCAAAGAUUUUAAUUUUGAUAUUUCACUGUUUGAACGUAUGGUCAAUAACGAAGUACCUUGUUACAUGUUGGGUGAACAACAUAGAAUGCGCCCUGAAAUAGCAUCCCUUAUAACUCCAUCAAUCUAUAAUGAAUUGAAAAAUCAUAUUUCUGUUCACAAUAGAGAACACAUUUGUGGUGUUACCAAAGAUGUGUUCUUCCUAAACCAUAAUGUGUAUGAAAAAGAAGUUGAAGAAAUUUCAAGCAAAAGUAAUGAUCAUGAAGCUAGAUUUUUAAUUGCGUUUGCUAGGCAUUUAAUUUUACAAGGAUAUACAACUAAACAAGUGACAAUAUUAACAACUUACAGUGGUCAAUUAUUUCUAAUUCGUUCAUUGCGAAAAAAACAUUCAAUAUUAGAAGGUAUGAAAAUAACAGUUGUUGAUAACUAUCAAGGCGAAGAAAAUGAUAUUAUAUUGCUAUCGCUAGUUAGAAGUAAUGAAAAUGGAAAUGUUGGUUUUUUAAAAACAGAGAACAGAAUAUGUGUUGCAUUAUCAAGAGCAAAAUAUGGAUUUUAUAUAAUGGGUAACAUGAACAAUUUGUGUAAUUCUAGUAAUUUGUGGAAACAAAUAAAAGAAACAUUGGUAAAUCAGGGUUCAUAUGGUGAUGAAGUAUCUUUAGAAUGUGCCAUACAUUCUGGUGUUAUAACAAAGGUUUCAAAGAGUGAAGAUUUCAACAUAAUUACGGAAGGUGGUUGCUCCAUGUUGUGUAAAUCAUUGUUGUCAUGUGGUCAUUAUUGUUCAAGUGUAUGUCAUUCUUUUGACCGUGAACAUUUAAAAAAAAAAUGCAGGGAGCCUUGUAACAAAUCCUGUGAUUAUAAUCAUCCAUGUACAAAAAUAUGUUUUAUGGAUUGUGGACAGUGCACCAUACUUAUGACAAAAGAUUUACCAUGUGGUCAUCAAAAAGAAUUACCAUGCCAUGUUGAUAUUAAUACUUAUCCAUGUGAAGAAAUGGUGGAAUUAAUCCUUAAAGAAUGUGGUCAUAAAAUUAUGAAAAAAUGUCAUGACAAUAAUCCAAAUUGUUCAGUUAAAUGUUAUAUUCGGUUAGAUUGUGGCCAUGCUUGUGAGCGCAAUUGUCACAAAAAUGAUGAUCCAGACCAUGAAAAGUACAAAUGUUUUAAACCUUGUGAAAAUACUAAUAAAAAGUGCUCUUUAAAUCACAAAUGUCAAAAAUUAUGUUAUGAAGAUUGUGCAUCGUGUACUGUUAAAGUUGAGAAAACUCUGCUAUGUGGACACAAAAGAAAUGAUGUACCUUGUGGAUUAAGUGUUAAUAAAGUUAUGUGUUAUCUUCCAUGUAUUCGUCCUUUAAAAUGUGGUCAUAAGUGUUUAGCUAAAUGCUAUGAACCAUGUAAACCUUGUGAAAAACUAAUAAAAAAAAUGAUUCCAGACUGUGGACACUCAACCACAAUUAAAUGUAAAACAAUACCAGAACGUAAGCAUUGUACCAAGCAAUGUGAUCGAAUUUUAAUUUGCGGGCAUUUGUGUAAGAAUUUAUGUGCAAAAGAAUGUAAUCCUGAAGAAUGUGAGGAAAUUGUAUUUAAAAAAUUUAGUAAACUUGAUUGUGGUCAUAAUAAAGUUUGGGUCUUAUGUUGUGACAAAGAUAAAGAGUUCAGACUGAGUAGCCAAUAUCUACUUGAUAAAUGCCGUGAACCAUGUCUACAAAAAUUAAAUUGUGGAGACAUUUGUUUGGGCACUUGUGGAGAAUGUAAGCAAGGUCGAUUACAUAUUCCUUGCGGUGAGAUUUGCGACAAGAUAAACCCUUGUAAUCAUACUUGUAAAUCUCCCUGUAAGGAACGGUGCCCUCCUUGCAAUCAAAAAUGUAUUUAUUCUUGCAUUCAUUCUAAAUGUCCUCGUUUGUGUGGUAAUCAAUGUGCACCAUGCAUGGAAAAAUGUGGAUGGGAGUGUCCACAUUUGAAAUGCACUAAAAAAUGUAAUGAAAUUUGUGAUCGAAAACCAUGUAAUGAGCCUUGCACAUUAAAGCUGAAUUGUGGGCAUGAAUGUAUAGGAUUUUGUGGUGAACCAUGUCCUCCUCUAUGUCGCAUAUGUCAAGAAGAAGAAGUUACUACAAUUAUUUUUGGCAAUGAAGAUGAACCAAAUGCAAAAUUUGUUUAUUUAGAAGAUUGUAAACAUUCCAUUGAAUCAGAAGCUUUAUCUAAAUGGAUGCACCAAAACGAUAAAGAAAUUUGUUUGAAACAGUGUCCAUUAUGUAAGACACCAAUUUUAAGAACCCAACGUUUCAUGAACCAAGUAAAAGUUAUAGUAGAGGACAUUUCAAGAAUAAAAGAUAUACAGCGUGGAGAACUAGAUGUUAUUAAAAGAGGAAAGAAGAAACUAAUUUUUUCAUUACAAUCCUUGGAUAACAAUUUUGUUUCAAAUUUUUUUAGUGAUCAAAAUAAUGGAUAUGAUAAUAUCAAACAUCUAUGGGAUUCAUUUUGCAAGCCUUUAAUAGCUUCAUUAAAAUGUUCAGGAAAGAAGCGUUACUUCAAUUUACCUGCAAAAGAUAUAGAAUCUUUAAAUUUUGUCGUUGAUUUAUUUAAAACUACUUCAAAGUUUAAAGGAAAAAUUGAAGGCAUUGAUGAUAUCCAAAAGAAACAAACCAUUACUAAUCACUUUAAGUGGCUACUUGAAGUUGCUUUUACUUAUUCAAGACAAUUAUCUAGCCAACAAAAAUACGAUAUAAACAUGGAAGUUGCAAGAGGUGCUAGGAUAUUACAUUUAUUUGAAAUAAUGUCUAAUCCUAAGUUUAAGAUGGCAUGUGGAUAUAGGCAUAGUUCUAGCGCAACUGAAGUAAGAGCCUUAGUAGACAAUAUGGAAGCUAUAUUAAUGUCUUGUAAAAAAUACUCUGUUGAAAGUGAAGAAAGUAUAGACGUAUUAACCAAAUUAAUUUAUGAUAAAUUUGAUGGAUUGGCAAUUAUUACCGAAGAAGAAAGAAAAAUGAUACAUAAAGCUAUGUCCUCUAGUUUUUAUUCGAGUGAUAGAGCUCAGGGUCAUUGGUGCAAGUGUCCCAAUGGACAUAUUUAUUGUAUAACAGAAUGUGGAGGGCCAAUGCAACAGGCUCUUUGUCCAGAAUGUAAAGUAAUAAUUGGCGGGCAAAACCACAGCCAUGUUUCCGGUAUAACAGUGGCUUCAGAAAUGGAUGGUGCUAGUCAUCUCAUGUUUCAAACUCGUUAAUUUAAUAACUUAUUCACAUAACAAUUUAUAUUUUACUUUUAAUUCUACAAACUUAAUUUUUUUACA